GAAUCCCGGCGUCCCUCCACUAUCCAGUAUCCGUUGGAUUCAAGCCCAAGUUCAGUCGCAACGUCACUUUCGACCGCGGUCCACGUCUCUUCUCCUCUGUGUGCCGGAAAUUUCUACGCUUGAAUCAGCGCAGAUACAAUUCUUGAAAAACCGGCCCAUUCCGAUUACCGCCCUCCCUUUCCUCGCUCCACAUCUACCUCGCAAAUCAUGGUUCACAAAGUCCUCUUCUGGGGUGGUUUCGGCAUCGCCGUCCGCCUCUGGCAACUCGGCAUCGAAAUGCGGCCCAUCCUCGCCCGCGAAUCCCUCUGGGUCUACCCGCUCUUCGCCGGCGUCGGCGGCAGCUUUGGCUAUUGGCUGCAGGGCGUCGAGGAGCGCCAGCUCCGCAUACUCGCCCAGCGCCGCGAGCAGAUCCUCGAGAAGCGCCGGCGGAGGGAUGAUCGCGAGAACGGCACGUUGAACCGGGUCGAGGAGAGUGUUUUGGCCGCUGCUGCUUGAGCUGUUCCGGAGCUUGAAGAAAGAAAUUGAAAAAUGUAAAGGAAAUGGAUUGCUUCCUGUGUGGGUGGGGGGAAACGUGAGGGGGUUGUGGAUUGUGUCGUGUAUAUCUGGAUUGGGUUCUUUAUGCUUGUGUGUGGUGUCUUUCUCCCUUUAUCGUGUUAUAAAUUUUAUGCCUUUUAUAUUCAUGUUUCUUUUAUAUUGCUUGGGCGAGGGGAAGGGGGGUUGAGUCGUGUAAGGGUUCUUUUCAUGGUCAUGGUCUUGGGUUGAUGGUAUAGGUGAUGUGUAGUAUGGGGAGGCUUAUAUGGUGAGCAUUCGCAUGGGAGGCAGGGAAGUGGCUAUCGUGUGGUUUGAGGGGUGCAGGUUGGGAAUGUGUGACCUAUUCUAUAUCCAUGUCCAUCUGCGGUCUAUAGUAGAUUCAUCACGCGGAUUGAAAGAAGACGUUUCAUGCACAUUGGUCUUUCAGCA